AUGAUGAAAAUGAGGAAGCGAGAGGAGUACCACGACCUCUUGAGUCCGACAGCUCCCAAAAUCUUUCGUAUGUUCGGAAUAGGUACACCGAAACGAGCGCGCUCAGAAUCAGAAAGCGAGGAAGAAGGACCGUACCGACCCCGUCGCCGUGGCAAAGGUGUAUCUUUGGGCACUCAGGAUGAAAGGGACGAGCUCGUUACAGGAGUAGACGCGUCCGACCUGCCUAUUGCUGGGGAUAACGCGAAUGAGGCGCAGAGGGUAUACCAGAAACUGCCUGCCAUUCGCGUUUUGGACUGGCAGAUAGACGAGGAAGGCCAGCCUAUACGCAGACCAUUGAGAGACAGCAUGGCGUUGACGGCUGCAUUGGAUCAAACCCGCGGUACCGAGGCGGCUGAUCCGUGCAGCUUCUGCAAAGAUCAGAAAGGCACUUGGAGGAUGUGUAUCGUUGAACCUAACCCAGACGGGAACUCGAAGCUUUCUGGAGCAUGUGCAAAUUGUCGUUUCAGUAGGAGACACAACUGUGACCUCCGAGCACACAAAGAUGAUGAAUCUACAGAUUCAUUGUUUGUUUCCGAACAUUCGUCGAUGGAUACCACUGAUAGCAGCAUAGCGGAGGAAGUGCAGAAGAACGAAGGAGAAGGUCCCCCUGUCCAGGCGGAUGUUCAGACGAAUGUUCGGGAUCAUGGAAAGGAAUCCGACAAUCAGACCCCUCGCAGGAGGGCUCCCGCUCCAAAGUCACGUCUUGAUGGCAAGGUUCUCCCGUUUCCUCUCGGACCAGAGACUAUCAAUGACUUGCCUUUACUUAAACAGGCAAUCAAAGAUACGAUUGCACACCUCGACAUACUUCAGUGGAGAGUGCAACAGUUGGAGGAGAAGCGUCAAUCGAUCAAUCCUUGGGAGUUAGUUUGA